AUGCUCCAAAAGGUGCAGUUGCAGGAGAAGGAGCAGGGCCCGGGUUUCCUUGGCCGCAUCCUCCGCAAGGUGGACGGCUGCGAUAUCAAGUUCAUUCUGGACGGGAAGAUGGACGAGAGUAGAGUCGCCGUCGACGACCCGUACGAACGCAGGAGCCAGCGCCUGCAUCUCUUCGCCAGCACCGAGCCGGUGCGUGGCCGUGUGGUGCUGUCGCCGAAGGGUAACUAUCGGCACAACGGCAUUCUGGUGGAGCUGGUGGGCAUCAUCACGACGUUUGGUGAGAGUGAGCAGAAGCUUGACUUCAUGCGGCAGGAGAAACGGUUCGAGGCAGACACGCUGCGGAGCCCGACGCCCUUCGAGUUCAACUUCUCCGCGCCGAAGGAGUACGAGUCGUACCGCGGUAUCAACGCGCGUGUGUCGUACUGGCUGCGCAUCACCAUUUACCGCCCAGUGAAGAACAUCACGGAGACGGAGGAGGUGUGGGUGAACAAGGUGGACGAGCAGAUGAGCGAUAGCCAGCCCGACGCGUCGCGGCACCGCAGUUACUUCCGCGAGACUGUCUUUGGCCCCCAGUCAACGUCGAUGGACGUUGGUGUCGACAACAUCCUCCACAUUGAGUUCAGAUACGACAAGAAGAUCUUUCACCUCAACGAGCGUGUGCUGGGUAAGGUGACGUUCAAGGUGGCUGACAUGGACAUCAAGCACGGCGAGAUCGGCGUCGUGCGGAAGGAGUUUGUCGGUGCCGGCAAGGCGUGUGACUCUGUGCAGUCGGAGACGCUGCAGAAGUUCGAAAUUAUGGACGGCACACCGAUUGUGGGUGAGGUGGUGCCCAUUCGCCUUUACCUCCGCUCCAUUCCGCACCUCACACCAACGUACGCGGACGUGCACAAGUGCUUCCGCGUGCUGUACUUUCUCAACCUCGUGCUCGUCACGGGCGAUGGCAAGCGAUAUUUUAAGCAGCAGGAGAUCACGCUUUACCGCAGACGGGGACAGGAGGUGCCCGCAACAGGUGCGAUGGAGUCGCCCUGA